AUGAAUCAGCGUGAAUUACAGUACUUUGCGACACAAGAAAUUAAAUUUAUACGUGUAUUGGGACGUGGUGCCUUUGGCGUUGUUUAUCAUGUUCACUCAGAUCACUAUGGAUCUGAGUUUGCGUUAAAAAAGAUUCCAGAAAACGCUUUUAACACCAUGGAGCUUGAAUGCCUCAUAGAAAUCGACACACCACGAAAAACUCACCUUUACCAGUAUUUUAGAUUUGAAAAUAGUAUUUAUUUACUCAUGGAGUUUUGCCCAUACGAUUUAUCAAAAAUUAUCAAGACCAAAAACACUCUACCAAGAGAUGUUUUCAUGAACUACGUUAGGGAUGUUGUUUUGGCUGUAAAAGCCUGCCAUGACCAAAAUAUCGCUCACUCCGACAUUAAGCCUUCUAAUUUCCUUAUAGAUCAAUAUGGGAGAGUCAAAAUCAGUGAUUUUGGACUUAGCUCGAUUUAUAAAGGCGAUCCAAUCUCAUUUGCUUUUUCAGGAACCAAACUUUACAUGGCACCCGAGAUAUUUAACAAAUCUGCUUAUAACCCGAUUAUUGCUGACAUGUGGGCUCUUGGCGUUACAAUUUUCUACAUGGUUACGAAAGAUUAUCCAUUUAAGUCAGAUAACGAGGAAUUACUAACAUACAUCAUCCAUAGAGGUAAGUAUAAAGAUGACAUGAUAAAGGAUGACCUACUUAAAGCAGUAAUCGCGAGAUGCCUGACUGUAGAUGUCAAACAGAGGGCUUCAUGCGAUGAGCUUUUAGAAAUGCCUUAUUUCCAUCAAGAUUUCUUCAUGCAGCAACUUAGACCAUCCAACUCCAGGAUCUCAUUAAAAUCAAUGGCGCAUGACCCAAUAUUUAAGCCAAAGAUACCAGAAGUUAGAUCAAUCGUUAGUAUGCAAUCAACAUUCUACAGGAAUAAUAGCUCUUCUCGCUUGAGAUUGACCAUUCCUGAAUCAAAGUCUCAGGCACAGCCAUUUAUUCCAACUAACGUUAUAGAAGAAUAA